GUUAGCCAAUAAGCACAUGAUAAACAGGUACUCUUUUGAAACGUUGGAACAAGCUUAAUAGAGCACAUAUAUGUUGAUAUAAUACCAACCAACAAACGGUGAAUGAUGAUUAACCCACGUUCGUGGAUGUCUGACCUUCCCUCUCAUAUAUCACAGAAGGCCCUUAAUCUGAUAAGCAUUCCAGGUAGUCAUGAUUCAUUUACGUAUUCGAUUACUCAACAUAGUCCUCCUUCUCCUGAUGGUCCUAUUUUUCGUUUGGAUGCAUGUUUACCUCGUCCAUUUUUAAGCCGAAUAUUGUAUCCUUGGAGUGUGACACAGUCACUAAGUUUAUUCGAUCAACUGGAAGCUGGGAUUCGAUAUUUUGACUUUCGUAUUUGUGCACGACAAAAAUGUUUGAAUAAAUGUAUAAAUGAUGAGUCUGAAUUUUAUUUAGCACACGGACUGUACGCAAACCUGUUAUCUACAGAACUUCAGAGCAUUCUUGGUUUCCUCAAAGCCAAUCCGAGAGAAGUUCUUAUUGUGGAUUGUAAUCAUUUUUAUAAUUUUGAAACUGAUGAACAGAAAUAUUGUUUUGAAUCAACUGUUUUAAAGAUUUUAGAUUCUAUUAUGUUCCCUUAUCAGAAAAAUAUUCCAACAUUAGAAGAACUUUGGAGUGCUAAGCAACAAGUCAUAUUUAUAUCUUGCCAUCGAAAUUCUCUCGAGAAGAUCCAUCCAAAAUUUUGGCCUUCCAGUAGCAUAAAAUCAUUUUGGCCGGAAACUGUUGGUCCACGGGCUAUGAUUUCAUUCCUAAAUAACCAUAUUAAACCACAUCUUCAUAGACCUGAUAAUAUUUUCUCUGUACACCAAGGUAUUCUUACUCCAACUUUAUCAUUCAUUUUACUGCAUCCAUUUAGUUCAGUUCAUCGUUUAGCUAAAACAGCUGGAAAGUAUUAUCAACAAUGGUUAAAUAAACCAGAUCAGUUAGCUGGACCAGAUGGUAUUAACAUCACACUUAUUGACUUUUUUGCAACUACUUACCCAACAUAUAUACGUGACGUUGUAUCAAUAAACUAUAAAACAUGGCCAAACGAUAAAACAUCUACUUAAGGUUUUUUUAUCACCAGUGUUUUAUUAUUUCUUUGAUUUUCAAUUUUAUUUAUUCCCACUUUCAUAUUUCUCGAGUUAACCGUUAUUUUUUAUAAAUUCUACGAUUUUAAUUUUGAUAAUUCUUUUCAUUAAAUGCAUAUGGUUACUUCCUUGUUUGUAAUAUUUAAAGAAAUAGAAUGGAAAAGCUAAAGAAGAGUUGUUUUCUUAGUUAACGUACAAAUUAUGGUGUUUUUUGGAAAUGCAUACCUUCAGUAUUCCUGUUCAACUUCAUCAUAUGAGUACUGGACGAUGCUAUUCAUUUCCCGUCUUGUUUUUGUGUGAAUCAACUAAUGUAUUUCAAGUAUACAAAUGUGAUAUAUCUCAUUUAGACCGAAAUGAUACUAAGUGUUUGUUUUAUGAACAUAUUGAUUAGGACAACUAAAAAUAUUUAAUACAUGCUUUGAAUUUGUCAAAUUUCAG